CAAGCCUGUGCUUGAACUUCCUACCAAACUCAUUUUGCACCUCACCACAUUGUAAUCCAGUUCACAUCAAGAUGCAGUUCCUCGGUUUGAAACAGAGAUACCAUGCGGUACGCCUGGCACUCAUCACACGUUGGCAUGGAUGUAAACAAGCAUGCCGUCAAAUAUUUACACAAGAUGAACACUUAAGCCCUACCAUCUCAGUGGUGGGAAUGUCAACACAAUAUGGUGCCACUCUCCUCCAGCGAGAUUUCCU